AUAUAUGUAUAUAUAUACAGAGUUGAUGUUGUUGGGGUUUAUAUCUCUGUUGCUGACUGUACUUCAAGACAGUAUUAGUAAAAUAUGCAUACCGAAGAAUGUGAUGAAUCAUUGGCUUCCUUGCAAUCCCGAUAAAGCCGUAAAAUCGGAAUCCCAUUUGGCGGACUCGUCUUUCUUCUUACCUGGAGCUCGUCGUCUAUUGGCUGCAGCAGCAUCGGAAGGUGUCGGUUAUUGUGAGGCGAAGGGGAAGGCGCCGUUGUUAUCUCUGAAAGCGCUGCAUGAUCUGCAUAUAUUCAUUUUUGUGCUAGCUGUGUCACAUUUUGUCUUCUCUGCUCUAACAAUUCUCUUUGGUGGAUUGAAGAUACAGCAAUGGAGUUAUUGGGAAGAAGCGAUUCAGAAGAAGGAAUACGAUCCCGAAGAAGCUGUGCAAGAAAAGCUCACUCGUGUGAAAGAUGAUGCAUUCAUUAAGGCCCAUUUUUCGGGUGCCAGUAAAAUAGCGGUGUUCGGCUGGACGAAAUCAUUCUUCAAGCAAUUCUACGGAUCAGUGAGCAAAUCGGAUUACACCACCCUUCGUCUCGGUUUCAUUAUGAAUCACUGCAAGGGGAACCCGAAGUUUAACUUCUAUAAAUACAUGACCCGUGCUUUCGAAAGAGAUUUCAAGAAAGUCGUCGGAAUUAGUUGGUAUCUUUGGCUAUUUGUGAUACUGUUCUUGCUGGUGAAUGUAACCGGUUGGCAUGCAUAUUUUUGGAUCUCGUUUAUUCCUCUACUAAUUUUGCUAGCAGUUGGCACUAAAUUAGAGCACAUAAUAUCACAAUUAGCACAAGAAGUGGCAGAAAAACACAUAGCGGUUGCAGGAGAUGUAGUUGUUAAGCCUUCGGACGAUCUUUUCUGGUUCCGCAAGCCUCGACUUGUCCUUUUAUUGAUACACGUGCUUUUGUUCCAAAACGCAUUCGAGAUUGCUAUUUUCUUCUGGAUGCUGGUUAUGUAUGGUUUCAAUUCUUGCAUCAUGGGAUCAGUCGGUUUCGUCAUUCCUAGGCUCAUUAUCGGGGUGAUUGUGCAGUUGCUCUGCAGUUACAGCACUCUACCUAUCUACGCCAUUGUCGCGCAGAUGGGAAGUUCAUUCAAUAGCGCAAUAUUCGAAGAUCGUAUACAAGUUGGUUUAGUUGGAUGGGCACAAAAAGCAAAAAAGAACAAUAAGAAGGGAUCAGUGAGUAACCAUAAAGAAUCACCUCUUCACAAGAAAGUUGAGAUGACUGAAAUCCAAGUGCAGGAACCUCCUAAAGACAAGGGAAAAUCCCCUGAAAUCGAGCCUGCUACAUAAUUUCAUUAUUACAAGUGUGUUUCUUUUAAUGUUGUUUUAUGUCACAUUCCUGUAUAAUAAUUGAUUUACUUUUAUGUUUCAUCUUGUUUCCAAGAGACAAAAAAAAAACUGUAUUUGAGUGAUUCUGUAUGAAAUUAAUGUCAAUUACUAUUCAGUAUUCAAGAACAAGUAGCUAUCAUUACAC